UUUAAAAAAUUGUGGUGAUCUUUGAAUAGAUACGGAAUUGCAAAUAAUAUUUUGUUUUUUAAAAAAUAUUUUAAAUUGAAUUAACCGAUAUCUAAUUAUUUUAUUUGAUAGUGCUUACGAACAAAAGGUUCAGAAAAUGCCAUUAAAUAACAAGUUGCUGGUACCGGUGGCCCUCGGGUUCUCUCUGGUGACUGUUACAGCAUUUGUAGUGUAUUACAUAUUUAAAAAAGAGGAAGAAAAUGACAGCAAACCAGUAAGAUCCACAAAAUUUAAUUUGAUUGAGGUACAAGUACCAAAGAGCAUUGUUCCAGCUUUAAUUGGUCGAAAUGGAUCAAAUAUAAAGCAAAUAGAGGAUAAGUCGGGUGCAUCAAUUCAUUUCAAGAAGUUUAGUGAAGAAGAUUAUGACGUUUGUAUUAUUCGAGGUCAAAGUAAUGCUUCACAGAUUGCAGAGACUAUGGUGCAUGAUUUCAUAAACCAGCAACCAGUCAUUGUGGAGAAUUCUAUAUCUGUGCCUGGGUGGGCUUGUGGCAGAAUUAUUGGUACUGGUGGUGAGAAUAUAAACGAUAUUAGUCACCGCAGUGGCGCUAGAGUUAAGUUAGAAGGUGAGAGGGGAGCAGAUUUGAGCACACAGAGGAAGGUCGUCUUCCGUGGAACAGCAGAGCAGAUACAUAUCGCUAAAGGACUUAUCGAGGAAUGCGUGGAACAAGAGAGGUGUCGACGUGAGGUGGAGCAGGCCAAGCGCAGCCCGCGCGUGUCCACCCCCCCGCACGUGCCGCUCGCCCCCCUCACCCCGCACACGCCGGACGCCACAGGUGACGUCACGCAUGUCAAGCGCAGGACUGAACCAUCGAGUGCGUCGAUCGAAGUUUACGUAUCAGCGUCGUCGUCGCCAUCUCGUUUCUGGGUCCAAUUUGUCGGGCCGCAAGUUGCUCAACUCGACGACUUAGUUGCCCAUAUGACUGAAUACUAUGGAAAUAAAGAGAAUCGUGCUAGUCAUGCCCUGGUGAAGGUGUCGGUGGGGCAAGUGGUGGCGGCGGUGUUCCGGCACGACGGGCGCUGGUACCGCGCGCGCGUCAUGGACCUGCGCCCCAACGAGUUCGACGCCACGCAACAGGUUGCAGAUUUAUUCUUCUUGGACUACGGUGACAGCGAGUACGUAGCGACCCACGAACUGUGCGAACUUCGAGCGGACUUACUACGUCUUCGGUUUCAGGCGAUGGAGUGCUUCCUGGCGGGUGUACGUCCAGUGAACCAACAGACACGCUGGCACCCGCAGGCAGUUGAACGGUUCGAAGAUCUCGUGCAGGUAGCGAGAUGGAAGCCGCUAGUGUCUCGUACGUGCACUUACAAGAAGUCAUCUGGUGCAGUCGGAGAGAGGGGGAAGGAAGUGCCCGGUAUAAAGCUCUAUGACGUCACUGAUGCCGGAUCUCUGGACAUAGGCGAGGUGCUGGUGCGGGAGGGCUGGGCGGAGCCCUGCGAGACUGCGCACAGCGUGCCCGCCACGCCGCACACGCCAUUCGGCGACCUCAGCCACUCCAGGGUGCUGGGCAUGCUGGGCGGCGCCCGCGCGGCCUCGCUGCCCAAGGAGCGCGCGCAGCCCGCCUCGCCGGCGCCCGCCGACGCUUUCAAGGAUAACGCAACAUCGAGGUCGCUAGCCUCCGGUCUGGAAUCGGCGGACAAGAUAAAGUCAAUCUCAAACUUCGACCUGGCGUACCCGGACAAGGAGCAGCCGAGUCGCGUCAACGGCUCGGACGACUUCAUCGCGUCCGAACGGGAUAACAUCGAAUCCGAAACUUCUCACUUAAGGGAAGAGUUCAAAGCGAAUAUGAAUAGAAUCGAUUCUCAUCAUAGCAACUUAGAAGCGUUAGGGCGACAAUAAGAGGUAAUAAAGUUUAAUUUAAGUUAUGUAUUUACUGUAAAUGUAUUUAUAGUACUUAGUAAGUAAACAUUUUGUUAAUAAUCUUAAUAAAAUUAGGAUAUUUUCAAAUAUUGACGUUGCUUAAUAACCUCUUUUUCUCUAUUAUAUCUCCAAUUUACGAUCAGAAGCACCACUAAGUAGGACCAAAUAGGUGGUAUUCUUGCACUAUAAUUCGCACUGACCGGUUAUAUAAUUUCUGUUAAUAACAUGGAAAAUAGUUAACCAAUAGAAAAUGUCCAAAAUCACACUACACGAAUGAAGGGGCGAUGCCUUAAGCGUGAUUGGUUAAUAUUCUUCUCGUCAUAUACGUCACCGAUGCAGGCAAUUAAUGUGAGCGAGAUAGCAUGACUGUUUGAGUAAUUAUUCAUUAUUUUUUUUUAGAUGAAUUGGUCAGUGCUCAACUGUUAGGCGGCACAUCAAAGGAUACAAACAAAGUAACCAUAUGUGUCGUAAUUCGAACAAUCGUUUCGAAAAUAACCUCACCUUAUGUUUUCUCGACAAACUCUUACACUUUCAAACAUGAAUUAGAACAAGAAUAAUUUAUUUUGGAUUUUCUUAUGUCAUAUGACCUAAUCUAUAUCUGAUCUAUGUCUGAGCUAUACAAUAAAUAAAUACAUGUAUAAUGUAGUGUAGUUAGUGUAGAGUAUCGUAUAAAUGUAUAAUUGUGGUUGUUUAACGUUAAGCAUAAUGUUUAUUUAUUAACAUAACUCUUGGUAAUCUAAAAAAGUAUGGAAUUAUAUUUCAAAUAAGAAUAUAUUUUUUUUGUUUUGUUUUUUAAUUAUGAAUAUAUAUUUUAUACAACUUGUAUUGUUUGUUCCUACAAAAGCUUAAAGUACAAUAAAAUAUAUAUAAAUAUAUCUCUUAUUUCUAACUUUAUUCAUAAUUAACAAAUUUGAUAUUUAUUUUAUUAUAUUUGUAUUUAUAAUCUGUGGCUAAUCUCCCACCUAAAGCAUAUUCUUCGAUGUUUUUAACACUAUUGUGUAUUUAUAUAAUAAGGUGUUUCGUCUGUAAGUUUAAAUAGAAACUAUAUUUAAUCUGUGAUUGUCAGUAGUUCGUAGGCCUUGAUGUUUCUUGUGAGUUGCCAGUUUAAAAAAAUAAACCAUCAUUGUGGACGUUGAUGAUUUACAUUUAAGAUAUGAAUGAUAUAAAACAAACAGUCGGUGGUAAUCACUUUAGUAUCACGUACUACUGUAAUAUUUUAUAUGUUGGAAUUUGUAUUUUUUUUAUUUUGCACUUGUUAGCUCACUCAUUAUUUAUAUCUAUACUCUCGAAAUUGCAACUAAAUGUUGUUUAGACAAUAAUUUAUAAUUGAAUUUAUACACAUCACGUCAUAUAAAUAAAGACACUAAAGUUUAUAAUAUCUGUGGUCUGGUGUCAAAAGGGCUAAGUACAUUUUCGAGUAAAACGUAAAUAGCAUUUUA